GGUUAUUGUAUUGAAUUAGAAAUGGUCGUUCUUUGACUUCGCUAAGUUCGCGUUAUUUUUAUUUAAUUUUUUGACCUACAUUUAACAAAGUAAAAUUAUAAGACAAAUGUAGACCAUAAGUAUUAUCUUAACGAUUUAACGUUAUUCAAGUUUAUUUCUAGUUAUUAACGAGAAAGUAAUGCUUUAAAAUGCCUAGUAUUAGAAAAUAUCGACGUGACACUACCGAAGUUAGCUGUUGCCUUAAAUAUGUUAUUUUUGGAGUGAAUGUCCUUUUUUGGUUUCUUGGACUUAUUGUACUAGCGGUGGGUAUUUGGGCAUGGAGUGAAAAGGACACUUUUAGUAAUCUUUCAAGGCUCACAAAUAUUGCAUUAGAUCCUGCUUUUAUAUUUAUAUGUUGUGGAACAAUUACAUUCAUUAUUGGGUUUACUGGUUGCAUUGGAGCGUUGCGUGAGAACACAUGUUUGCUAGCUUGUUAUGCCGUUUUCCUUGCCUUAUUGCUGCUUGCUGAAAUGACAGCUGGCAUAUUAUUCUUCGUCUUCAAAGAUUGGAUUAAAACCCAAGCCACAACUGGAUUUCAAACAUUUAUCACUCACUACAGAGAGGAUCCUGACCAACAAAACUUAAUUGACUGGAUUCAAGAAGAAUGGUUACAAUGCUGUGGGGUAGAAGGUCCUCGUGACUGGGACAGGAACGCCUACUUCAAUUGUUCGAGCGGCGUUGUCGGUUCGCGCGAGGCUUGCGGCGUUCCUUUCAGCUGUUGCCGCACGAAACCGCAAGAUAUUAUACGCAACAAACAGUGCGGCUAUGACGUCAGGAAGCCGACUUAUCAAGUAAGCGAACACGUAAUACACGAGCGAGGUUGUUUGGUAGCGGGUGAAGAUUGGCUCCAACGACAUUUUGCGCCCGUUGCAGCUACAGUAUUAGGACCAUUAGCGUUGCAGAAUUAUGAUAUAGCUAAGAUAAUAUAUGAAAAGGGAUGUUUAGAGGCAGCUGAAGAAUGGUUUGAUCACAAUUUGUUGGUAGUUGCUACUUCCGCUGUUUGCACUGCUUUUGCACAGAUUCUUGGCAUAUGUUUCGCACAGAAUCUCCGAGCUGACAUAUUCGCGCAAAAGUCAAAAUGGCACUGACAAUCAGCCUCUCCUGCCGCCGUGUGACGUCACAGACGUAACACCCGCGACCUCUAUCUGCCGCUCUACACUCACUCUUAAUGCCUGGACACGUCCAUAGAUGGCGCUAACUUCAACAAUCUUUCCGUAUUAUUUUUGUCGUUUAAAAGAAAAUAUCUUAACUUAUUAAAACACGGUUAGUUACGCAUGGUCACAGUUAAAGUCAUAUUGGAUUUUACAUAUGCAUGGCUGAUCGAUGAGCAUGCUGAUUAAAAAUGUUAUAGUUGAACAGCUUUUAAGAGUUAUGUAUUUCCUUUUAGCUUGUUAAUUGUUAAAGCCUUAAAAUCUUCAAAAUUGGUCUUUAAUCUCGUCUUGCUGCUGUGUGCUUGACUUGGAAUUCUUCACCCUUUUCUAUUUAAGAACUCAAUGAACAAUGUUAGAAUUAAUGUGGUAAAGGUUGAAUCGACUUACUUCUGACAUUACUUUUGGUUACAAAAGGGCCCUAACAAAUCUAAAAAAACUAUACAUAUGAAGUGGCUUCCAUACUAAGAGGCUGUUUAAGCAUUAUGUUAGCAGAUUUAUUGCAAGCCCCUCCCACUCCCACUUGUCAACGAAAGUAAGGAAAGCUCUUAAAAAUAAAAUAUACAAAAAUAAUAUAAACAUUUAAAUUUUUGGAGGAAUCCUCAAUAAUGCAUUUUCAAGCAUAGAUAAUGUGUGUGUCAUAUGUGCCAAUAAUUACUGUUGACUUAAUCACUAAAUAAGAAAAUAGUGUUCAAUAUCAUAUUUACAUAAUUUAAAUUCAUGUAUGCGUAUACGUAAGACACGAGUACAGAGUAAGUCGAUUGUACCUCCUUUGCGCAAAUGUUUUUAUCAGGGACAUAUGCUACCUGUUUAAAAUUCGUUUGUGCUCUCAAGUGUAGUUUAUAUACAGGACUCAUAAUAUACAUUUUAAAUGUACGGAAACAGAUUGUAUUUGUACCCAAAAAUGUACUAAAUACCACUUCUGUGCGAAAGAACUUGCCUAUAGAAAACAUAAUUGAAAUAGCGCCAUCUAUAUUUCGUAUCAGUAAACUAAAAACUUUAGUAGCAUAGAUGGCGCAAUAUCAAUUUUAUCUUAAUCUCGUUAUUUGUAUGUGUCAUCUGUUUCCAAUAAUUAUUGUAAGCGGAGGUGCUAUUUAAUUCUGUCAAGACGAACGUAAAAUGAACAUUAAUGGAAUUGCUAUUGAGAUUUAUAGAUUACUGGCACAGGUGCAACGUUAUUCCCGUAUUAAUUAAAAAAAUAUUAGUCUAAUUGAAUCUCUUCUGGUUACUAACUACGAUGAAGGAAAAUUUCAAAAUUAAUGUCAAAAUAAAAUGUAUAUUAUGAGUUCAUUGUAUAACAAUGUGUUCAAAUAAUGUCCAAGUUAGCCUUAACAGGAGCUGUGAGAUGAAUUUAGCGGAGAUUUAUAUAUUAUAAUUAUAGGACUGGCAUUUAUGUACUUUGAGUCUCAUAGAAUAAAGUCAAAUACUGCGAUCAUAAUGAUGAUAAUAACUCAAAAAAUCUGAAAAUAUUUACACUCGAGUAUAUAAGUAUGGGCGGUAUAAUGUUGGUCGCGCGCCGAGCGACAGGAGAAUAAUGGUUGACAAUAUAAAUAGCCUUUAAUAUAGUAUUAUUUACAUAGAAUUAAGAUUAGUAAUACUCAUUUUUAUUGAUUUUCUGGUCUCAUACGAAGUCAUUGUCGAUUGUAUAUUGCAUUGAUUCAGUCAGCGGCGUAGCGUGCGUUUGGGCCGUCCGGAGCGGAAAUCAAAUUUGCCGUCCUUUUAUUUAUGAACUUUAAUUUAUUAAUACGUAAAUACAUUAUAUAUGUAUAUUAAAGAAAUUUAUCAAUGUCCAAGUAAUUCUGAACAUGAUACUAAACGAUUCAAGCACAAAAUAAAAUACUGAGAAUCUCCGCAAGUAACUAUAGACGGUAUUGCCAGUAAUCACAACAAUAUAUCAUUCAAAGAAGGGGGUUUGUCACAAAAAAACAAUAAAACAUUGCGUGCAUUUCAAUGUGUCCGAAUUUGGAGUUGCGAUACAAUUAUGAAAUUUUUGAAAUAUUUUUAUUGUUUAUUGUGAAUAUUUUGCCCGAAUCCACUACGCUACGCCACUGCAUUGAGAAUUGACAAUCGCAAGUAGUUUUAGGUUGACGUACAAGAGAUGUUAAAUUGUCAUUAUUAUUAUUUUUUUUAAAUUUAUCCCUAAUGGGAAAGGCAAAAGAUUUUUUGUCAGUAUUGUUAGUUGACAUAUGAAACUGUCAUCUGCCAAUAUCUGUGAUGACACAUCAAUUUUAUUUUCGUGCGCGAUAGCGAUUGUCAAUUAUGUCAAAUCAACCUGACAAAAAUCAAACUGACAAUGACUUGCUAUCUCGAAUGGACUACGUGUUGUAAAAUUUACGUAUUAAUUAUUAGUUUUAAGGUUAUACCGGGACUUGGCACAAUUUGUAUUGCUUUGAUCUUAUAUUUUUAUUAAAAAUCUACGAAAUUUUGUUACGACAGUUUUAUAUAAAUUAUUUCUUUACAAUUUUCUUUUUAAGCAAUGUAUUUACGUAUUGGUAAAUUGUAUUAUAAAUGUAUAUUGUUAUUGUUUCGCCCUUUAGCUUCCUAAGAACAUCACAAUAUUGGUAAUGCACAAAAUUUAUUGAGAUUAUACUAAGACUGGAAAUAGAUUGUAAACGUGAGUCAUUGCCACAUGUUCAGCCUGGCCUGCCCUACUCGUCUAAUCUUCAUAAAUUUUUUAACCUAACCGAUAAAAGACUC